CCAAGCAUCGACGUUGCUAAAUACAACAUGGCUGACAUCGGCGAAGAUGAGAACUUGUCACCGGAGAAAACAACACCGUCUGAGGAGGAAAACUAUGCACCUCCGCCGGAGCUAGAUCUAGAACCACAGAUUGUGACCAGUAUACCUCAAGUUCCUGUGGCACCACCUAAGCCAAAACCACGGAAAGCACCUGAGUUGCCAAUCUUUGAGAGGAGAAAUUGGCUGAUACACCUUCACUACGUGAGGAAGGAAUAUGAAAGCUGUAAAUCUCUCAUUAAGGAGCAGCUGGCAGAGAGUGGGGGCAUGUGUGAAUAUGCUGUGUAUGUACAAGCCCUUAUCCUGAGACAAGAGGGUAAAAUUCAAGAGUCCCUUGAGAUGUUUCAGACAUGUACACUGUUGAAUCCAACGAGUGCUGAUAACUUAAAACAAGCAGCGAGAUCACUGUUCCUCCUAGCCAGACACAAGGCAGCCAUCGAGGUAUAUAAUGAGACGGCCAAGAUAUCACAGAAAGACUGGGAAAUAUCCCAUAACCAAGGUGUAUGUUAUAUGUACCUCCGGGAUUAUGCCAAGGCAAAAGAAUGUUUGACACAAGCACUUGCUUUUAAACGCCAUGAGAUUUCUUAUGUGAUGCUUGGGAAGAUCCACCUGAUGGAAGGGGAUAUCAAUGCUGCCAUUGAGAUCUACAAACAAGCUGUAGAAUAUUCCCCAGAAAACCCAGACAUGCUCACCACACUCGGACUGCUGUAUAUGCAGAUUGGACAGUACCAGAAGGCCUUUGAGAACCUUGGCAAUGCCAUGACGUAUGAUGCCACCCAUGUCAAGGCAAUUAUGGCUGCAGGAAGUAUGAUGCAGACACAUGGUGACUUUGAUGUGGCCCUCAACAAAUAUCGCAUCGCAGCCGUGAAAACCCCGGAAAGUCCAACACUCUGGAACAACAUUGGAAUGAGUUUCUUUGGCAAGAAGAAAUUUGUGGCUGCCAUCAGCUGCCUUAAGAGAGCUAAUUAUCUGGCACCAUUUGACUGGAAGAUCCUUUUCAACCUGGGCCUUGUUCACCUGACCAUGCAGCAGUAUGCUUCAGCGUUCCACUUCCUCAGUGCAGCCAUCAACCUCCGACCAAAGAUGGCACAACUCUUCAUGCUCUUAGCAGUGGCCCUGACACAUCUUGAGGACCCAGACAAUGCCAGACAGGCAUACGAACAGGCGCUUACACUGGACCAGAAAGAUCCAGGGAUUUCAUUGAACUUUGCUCUCUACAUGUACAACAAUGGACAGAAAAGGGAAGCUGCCAAACAAUUUAAGGACUUUGAGAUGAAGAUGAAAGUUUUGAAGGCUACGAACCCUAAUGGGGGUGAUCCAGAGAUCCAAGAUGUUGCAAGCAAGUUGGCUGCUGCCCUGCAGGUUGGGGAUAGUAUGCUUUGGAAACAGCAAAGUCAGCCAUCUGCACCGGUAUCAGAUCAGAAUGCCAACACAGUGCAAUCAAAGACAUCAAGCAGCCUUGAUGAGACACAGGUUAAGAAGCCGUUUGGGUCGACCCUAGACUCUGGUCCCCUACCCCCACCACCAAGUGACCCAGAAGGGGACAUCACAGGAGGUAGAGGUGCCCCUACACCAAUUAUCCCACCCUAUAAUCCAUAUGAGGACGACCGUACUGGCAGUCGUUUGGAGAGUGAACCAACAUUUCACCCUCCACCCAAGACUGACUCUCUUCCUCCAAUCACUGGAGGAGCGGGUUUAAAAUCAGGAGCCUUACCACCUCUUGGCUUUCCCAUUGCUGCCAGUCGUACAGAACCUCCAGAUCUGGACAACCUUCCCAACCCACCAUCAGACGACUUACCAUCAUACGCGGAGGUUAUGAAGGACGCAAAGACACCAGAGAUGGAACCAGCAACGUAGCUGUCAGAUUAUGACCUACAAAAAGUAGUAGUUCAAACCUCAAACAUUGAAUAGUAUUAUAAUUUUGUCUGUGGCUGUAAUUGUCUGCCGUCCCUGUAUCAGUGAGUAGUUACCAGUUGUACGACUAAAUUAUCAUUUGCCGUCUCCUAUUUAUAUAUAUAGUUUUGAUUCAUGUGCGUUGUUUCAUGUUUGUUAAUUGAAGAUACCAAUUCACUUAUUGCACAAUUUGUAGUUGUAGAUCAAAUACUUUAUUUAACUGGUGUUUACUGUAGUGCUCAAUCAAAAUAUUCACCAAACUCUGAAAAUCUGAAAAGGAGUGUUGCUAUACUGACUUUGUGUUGUUAUAGCAGUGCUGUAAUACUGAGGUCAUGGUGUUAUAGCAGUGCUGCCAUAUUGACUUUGUGUUGUUAUAGCAGUGCUGUAAUACUGACUUUGCGUUGUUAUAGCAGUGCUGUAAUACUGAUGUUGUGCUGUUAUAGCAGUGCUGUAAUACUGAUGUUGUGCUGUUAUAGCAGCCAUACUAAUUUUGUGCAUUCUGACUUUGUGGUGUAAUAUUGAGGUUAGGAAAUCAAAUUUUGAAAUUAUAAUGUUAUUCAGAAAAAAAAAUCACUCAUUUUUUGUUUUCUGGAGUACAGAAAACUGUAUAUAUUUCAAAACUUGUUUCUUAACAGUUGUUGGAAAAGCCAACCACAAAUAAAGUUGAUGUAGGUGCAUUCAUGUUGCUCAUAUAAAAGUACUUUAAGUGAAGCUACACUAAAUGACUGUCCUUUGUAUACCAGUAUAUUGUAUUUCAGUGCUCCAAGUCCGUCCAGUAUCCAGCACAUGUACAUUGAAUGUUGUAUACUUCUCUUAUUUACACUUGUCAAUGUGGGUUAGUGUGAAAGUGGUUUUAUCCCAGUCCUGGGUUGUAAGGCUGACCGGGUGGUGAGACUGACCAGGUCGUGAAGCUGACCAAUGGUUAGGACAGUUCUAAAUACAUAGUGUCUUUUUACAUUGAUUGUAAUGUGGAAGGAGUACAUUCUCUAUGUAUAUUUUACAAAUUACAUAUCCAAACAUAUUUCUGUCAGUGUCAAAAGACCCUUUGUACAGUGUGUAUGUGAAUUCAAAGGUUAAAUGAUCAGUAGAUAGACCGGAGAGAUUUUGCAGUUGACAAAAUUCCCCAAAUCAGUUAACAGGAGUUUAAGAUCAACAAUGUGGUUCUGUACUUUGUUAAUGAUAGAGUGAUAUGAGUUAUUUAAUUUAAUUACAUGUUUCAUAUUAAAAUCUCUCUUGAGAUUAAGAGAAAGUGAAUGUACCAGUGUUAAAAUUUGAAAUAGUAUAUACUUUGUUGCACUAUUAAAUUAUGAUCACCUGCCUUGAA